AUGAAAGAUUAUGCAAGCACUGACGAUAUUGCAGACCCCCUCUGGAAGUUGAAGGACGGAGUUGGACAACCCAAAGUCUACACGGCUGCUCGUGCAUAUAUAGCCCCUGUCUACACGGCUGCUCGUGCAUACAUAGCCCCUGUCUACACGGGUGCUAGUGCAUACAUAGCCCCUGUCUACACGGGUGCUAGUGCAUACAUAGCUCCUGUCUACACGGCUGCUCGUGCAUACAUAGCCCCUGUCUACACGGCUGCUAGUGCAUACAUAGCCCCUGUCUACACGGGUGCUAGUGCAUACAUAGCCCCUGUCUACACGGGUGCUAGUGCAUACAUAGCCCCUGUCUACACGGGUGCUAGUGCAUACAUAGCCCCUGUCUACACGGGUGCUCGUGCAUACAUAACCCCUGUCGACACGGGUGCUAGUGCAUACAAAGCCCCUGUCUACACGGGUGUUAGUGCAUACAUAGCUCCUGUCUACACGGGUGCUAGUGCAUACAUAACCCCUGUCUACACGGCUGCUAGUGCAUACAUAGCCCCUGUCUACACGGGUGCUAGUGCAUACAUAGCCCCUGUCUACACGGGUGCUAGUGCAUACAUAACCCCUGUCUACACGGGUGUUAGUGCAUACAUAGCUCCUGUCUACACGGGUGCUAGUGCAUACAUAACCCCUGUCUACACGGCUGCUCGUGCAUACAUAGCCCCUGUCUACACGGGUGCUAGUGCAUACAUAGCCCCUGUCUACACGGGUGCUAGUGCAUACAUAACCCCUGUCUACACGGCUGCUCGUGCAUACAUAGCCCCUGUCUACACGGGUGCUAGUGCAUACAUAGCCCCUGUCUACACGGGUGCUCGUGCAUACAUAGCCCCUGUCUACACGGCUGCUCGUGCAUACAUAGCCCCUGUCUACACGGGUGCUCGUGCAUACAUAACCCCUGUCUACACGGCUGCUCGUGCAUACAUAGCCCCUGUCUACACGGGUACAUCACUAUGA